ACUGAAUUGGCACAGUUCAUUGACGAAGACUUUGAUAAAUCAACCGAAUGCAACGAGUUGACGCAAGACUUGCUAAGUCACAGCCCCACUAAUUUUGCUUCUCCUACGCUCCACUUUUGCCGCCACGACCAGAGGGAUGCUCUUUUGGAAUUCAGAGACGAGUUUCCUACUGGUGUGUUUGACCCAAAAACGUGGAACAAGAGCAGUGAUUGCUGUUUUUGGGAGGGAGUCAGGUGCGAUGAUAAAUAUGGCCAGGUGAUAUCACUCGAGCCUUAUAAUCCCUCUCUCAACGGCUCUUUGAAAACUAACAGUAGCCUUUUUAGACUCCAACAUCUUCGUCACUUAAACCUCUUGGGUUGUAAUCUCCAAGGAGAAAUUCCUUCUUUACUAGGGAACCUUUCUCGUCUCACACUUAUCAACCUUUCUCAUAAUUAUUUGGUAGGUGAGAUUCCAAUUUCAAUAGUCAAUCUAAAGUGGCUAAAACACCUUAGCCUUGAGGGUAACGCUCUCAUAGGAGAAAUUCCAAGUUCAAUAGGCAAGCUAAACCAGCUCAGAUACCUUGGCCUCAGGGGUAACGCUCUCAUAGGAGAGAUUCCUUCUUCACUAGGAAACCUUUCUUGUCUUGAGAAUCUUGUUCUUGGAAACAAUCAUCUGGUAGGUGAAGUUCCAGCUUCCAUCGGAAACCUUUCUUGUCUCGAAAGUCUUGAACUCGAGUCCAAUCAUCUUGUAGGUGAAGUUCCGGCUUCCAUGGGAAACCUAUACCAACUAAAAGUCAUGUUUCUUAGCUAUAACAACUUAAGUGGCAUUUUAUGCCAACGUUUUCGAGAGAACAAGAUCUGCCACCCACCCAGGAGAGAAAUUCUACAGAAUAAAACUGCUACCUACAAUUUAUCACUCGACCUUCAUUACGCCUAUCUCGACGGCUAUUUGAAAACUAACACUAGCCUUUUCAGACUCCGAUAUCUUCGUCACCUAAACCUCCAAGAGUGCUACCUCCAAGGAGAGAUUCCUUCUUCACUAGGAAACCUUUCUCGUCUCACAGUUCUUGACCUUUCCAAUAAUAUACUGGUAGGUGAGAUUCCAACUUCAAUAGUCAAUCUGAAGCGGUUAAGGCACCUUAGCCUUGGGGGUAACGCUCUCAUAGGAGAAAUUCCAAUUUCAUUAGGCAAGCUAUACCAGCUCAGAAACCUUAGCCUCUGGGGUAACGAGCUCAAAGGAGAGAUUCCUUCUUCAUUAGGAAACCUUUCUUGUCUCGAGAACCUUGUUCUUGGAAACAAUCAUCUGGUAGGUGAAGUUCCGGCUUCCAUCGGAAACCUUUCUUGUCUUGAAAGUCUUUACCUCGAGUCCAAUCAUCUUGUAGGUGAAGUUCCGGCUUCAAUCGGAAACCUAAAGGAACUAAAAGCCAUGUGGCUUGGCCAUAACAGCUUAUGUGGCAGUUUUUCUAUUUCAUUCGCCAAUCUAACCAAGCUUUCCAAUAUUAGCCUCCGCUCUAAUAACUUCACAUCCACGCUUCCCUCUGACAUGAGUGGAUUCCACAAGUUGGAGCAUUUCGAUGUUGGUAACAACUCGUUUUUCGGGCCUUUCCCUAAAUCCUUAUUCUCCAUUCCUUGCUUACAAACUGUUUAUUUGGAUAAUAACCAAUUCACGGGUGUUAUAGAUUUGGGUGGUAACAGGUUCGAUGGCCCAAUCCCGGAAUCCAUAUCUAAGUUUCCCAACCUCGAAGACUUGCAUCUCCAACACAACAAUUUCACUGGGAAGAUCCCUAGAUCUGUAUCAAAGCUAGUCCUCCAUCGUGUUGAUCUUUCCUACAACAUGUUGGAAGGCCAAGUACCAGUUUGCUUAUGCAGAUUGUUCUUUCUCACAAUUUUCUCAGCAGCUUCGAAAACUCUUCACAAGAAACAC